UGAUUUUGAGGAAAGUUGGGCUGUAGAUGGGUUAGAUAUUUAAACUGAAUGGCACUGAGUCCCAUGGCACAGACAGACUGAGGACACACAAGAUGUUGCUGCUCAGGGCCCUGUGUUUGGGGCUGGUCCUACUGCAGCUCUCUGGGACACUGGAGGCAAAGCUACAUUAUGCAGUGAUCUUCCCCUCGGAGAUGGUCACCCCCAAUUCUGAACAAGCCUGUGUGUAUCUCAGCGGAGUGGAGGGAGACAGCAGGAUACUGGUUACCUUGAACAUGGCCAACAGUAACACAACGGUGAUAGAGAAGAACCUCCAACAGGAAUCCCUCUUCAGCUGUUUUACAUUUGAGGUGCCUCCGCCCUCUGAAGGGAAUGAAGAAGUGGCCACCAUGGAAAUUCUUAUUGAGAGCUCAGGGGAGUCCAUAAGCGAAAGCAGCAAAGUUCUUGUGAAGAGAAGAACCAACACUUUCAUCCAGACAGACAAAGCUGUAUAUGAACCAGGGGACACAGUACGAUUUAGAGUUGUCUCUCUUAAAGAAAAUCUACAACCGGGAGAGAAAGAGAUUCCAGUCAUCCAAAUACAGGAUCCAAAAAAGAACCCUAUUGCCCAGUGGCUGAAUGUGACUCUCAAACAGGGAAUCGCUGAGCUCUCACUUCCACUCUCCUCCAAACCUUUCUUUGGUUAUUAUUUUAUUCAUGUGGGGGGCACUAAGCACUCCUUUAGUCUGGAUGAAUAUGCGCUUUCUAGAUUCGAAGUCACCUUCCAGUUCCCCAAGGCCGUUCUUUAUAACAUUGAACGAUUCCAGCUUAAAACAUGCGGCAGGUACACCUAUGGCAAACCCGUACAAGGAACAUAUACUGCUACAGUUUGCCGUAAGGCCAAACCAUACUGGUUGGGACGUUAUACUUUUCGUACAGACCGGUGUGUUCAUUUCAGUGGGAAGUUGGACCACUCUGGGUGUUCCACAAUGACAGUGAAUUCUCUUGAUGUCAAUCUUCCCUACUACACUCACGAAAUGAGUCUAGAGGGAACAUCUACCAUUACAGAGGAAGGGACAGGGAAGAAAUAUUCUGGAAGUGGUAGAACUCCCAUUUCAUCCAGGAUCAGGAGUUGCAGUUUCCUGGAUGCUGAUACUAGUUACAAGCCUGGGAUUCCAUACAGUGGGACAGUAAAGGUGGUAGAUCCCAAUGAUGAGCCCCUUCCAAAUCACGUAGUAUAUCUAACGAGUUAUUGUAGAAAGGUCAAUGAGAUAUUGGUGUCGGACAAGAAUGGCCUUGCAACCUUCAAGCUGAACAACACAGCAGAAUGGGAGGGAAAGCUACUCCUUACGGCCAGUCCAAGUAUGGAGGAUACUAAGUUACUGCCAUUUAAAUUCUUUGGCAUUACCCCUGAUUUUUGGGGAGCAACUCUGAACCUCACACACUUCUUCUCCCCCAGUAAGAGUUUCCUGAAACUGCACUCCCUGCAGGGGGUGCUCCCAUGUGAUGGACAACGGGAUGCCCAAGUGGAAUAUAUUAUCCAAAACUCUGCACUGGGGAUGGAUGCAAAGCACAUGGAGCUACACUACCUGAUUGUUUCUAAAGGGGUUAUAAAGAAUUCGGGAUCUGUGGAAGUGCCCAUUACACAUGAAGGUGAAGUUCUGAGGGGUGAGGUCUCCAUCAAACUUACACUUAGUGCCGACGUCUCUCCAACUCUCCGAGCUCUUGUGUUCAUUUUCCUGCCUAAUGGAGAAUUAGCGGCCGAUUCUACAACAUUCAAACUGCAAAGGUGCUUCAAGAAUAAAGUAUCAGUUGGGUUCGCCCCAGAUGAAGUUCUACCCGGAUCAGAUCUUUCCUUACAAGUUGAGGCAGCUGCCGGGUCUCUCUGUGGCCUGAGAGUGGUGGAUAAGAGUGUGGUGUUAAUGAAACCUGACCAAGAACUGACAGCUGAUAAGAUUCACAAUCUCUUUCCUUUCCUUGAUUAUGGAGGGUAUGACAUUCGGGUCCAUGAUGGUGAUGAUUAUGGUUCAUUUUAUCCCUGCUUUCAAAGAACAACUCGGUUAAAUUCACAUUCAUAUAUACCUAAUGAAGAUUUUAUUGAUGUAUACAGCCUAUUUAAGGACAUGCGCUUUAAGAUUGUCACUAGUGCAGAGAUUAAGAAGCCUUUGAGGUGCCACCAGGAACCUGAAGUUGAUGUGCUCUUGACUGGAACCCCCACCACAGAACCUGGAGCACCCACCACAGAAACUUUUAGAAUCUUUCCUCCAUUAACAGCAAGUCCAAAAUUAGACAAAGGGGAGAAUGAAAUCACUGAAUCAGCAGAUGAAAUCAUUCGGGCGUAUGUCCCAGAGACCUGGAUCUGGGCGCUGGCAUGGGUGGGUGAUAAUGGGAAGACAGAGUUCCAUCGCUCAGCCCCAGACACCAUCACAGACUGGACUGCAGGAGCUUUCUGUAUGGGACCCAGUGGAUUUGGCAUCUCCCCACCAUCCUCCCUUCGAGUCUUCCAGUCCUUCUUGGUGGAGCUCACUCUGCCGUACUCUGUGGUGCGAGGAGAGACAUUCACUCUCAAGGCCUCUGUCUUUAACUACCUGAAGGAAUGUAUAAAGGUUCAGACCACCCUACAGUCAUCACUAGAACUAGAGGAGGAACCAUGUGCUGACUGUCAGUAUAGCAGCUGUGUCUGUGCAGAGGAAAGCGAGACCUUCUACUGGAACCUUAAAGCCUCUAAACUAGGAGACGUGAACAUCACAGUGAGGACGGAGGCUCUGAAUACUCAGGACAUGUGCAAUAAUGAGAUUCCUAUUGAGUCCAAGCAGCGGAACAUCAAUACUGUGAUUAAACCACUGAGGGUGCAGCCAGGGGGAGUCCUAGUAGAAAAGUCUCACAGCUCACUGAUCUGCAGUCAAGAGGGAGAAGAACAUUCUAAGAACAAGAAUAUUUCCCUGAAAGUGCCUGAAAAUACCCUGAAGGAUUCUGAGAGCGCUUAUAUAACAGCACUAGGAGACAUAAUGGGAACAGCGAUGCAGAACCUGGACCAUCUCCUGGCCAUGCCGUAUGGAUGUGGGGAGCAGAAUAUGGUUCUCUUUGCUUCCAAUAUCUUCAUUCUUCAGUAUCUGGAAAAUACUCACCAACUGAGCCUUGAGAUCCAGAGCAAAGCCAAAAACCUCCUUGAAAUUGGCUACCAAAGACAACUGACUUACAAAAAGGAUGAUGGAUCCUACAGUGCAUUUAGGUCAUGGCUCCCAGAGGGAAACACAUGGCUGACUGCAUUUGUAGUGAAGUCCUUCAACAAGGCUUAUCCCUACAUCUUCAUAGAUGGAGACCAACUAAGCCAUUCUAUCACUUGGCUAAAAGAUAAUCGCAAAAUAAGUGGCGGUUGCUUCCGGACUGUUGGAAAACUCUUCAAUAAUGCCAUGAAGGGGGGUGUGGAUGAUGAAAUAUCGCUUUCUGCUUAUGUCACUAUUGCGUUAAUGGAAGCUGAUCUACCAAAACAAGACCCUGUGGUUGUAGAUGCUUUAUCCUGCCUGAGGAAGGCUGCCCAAAAAGUGAGCAGUAUCUACACCCAGGCUCUGAUCGCCUACACUUUCACUCUGAGUGGUGAUACUGAACUCAGGGAGAUGCUGCUGGAUAAACUGGAUGAGAAGGCUGUUAGGAAUGACGGACAACUACACUGGGAGAGGAAAUCUGUCUCUGAAGCCUCUAACCUCACAUACUGGUACCAGGCUCCCUCAGCCGAGGUGGAGUUAACCUCCUAUGUGCUGCUGGCCCUUCUCUCUGGCCCCAACAAGGACUUGGGCAAAGCUUCUGAGAUAGUCAACUGGUUGAGCAAGCAGCAAAACCCAUAUGGGGGAUUCUCUUCUACACAGGACACGGUUGUAGCUCUACAGGCUCUUGCUAAGUAUGCCGAGGCCACAUUCACUGACAAGGGAGAUGUAACAGUCACAGUCAGUUCCAAGACUGGAUUCCAUCAACAGUUCCAUGUGGAUCACACUAACCGGCUCCUGCUACAGAAAUCCUCACUGCCAGAUAUCCCUGGGGAGUUCUCUCUGUCAGUCACUGGGAGCGGCUGUGUGUAUGUACAGACUGUCCUGAGAUACAACAUUCCCCCACCUAAAAGUGAUACCACCUUCUCAGUACGAGUGGAGACACAACCAAAGCAAUGUCCUCAGGAUCCAAUGAAACAGAUGCGCAUAGACAUUUACAUUCAAUACACAGGGUCACGGGAGAAAUCCAACAUGGCUGUAGUUGAGGUCAAGAUGCUCUCUGGCUUUAUCCCAGAUAAGAGGAGUUUGGACGAGGUCAUCAUAUUCAGCAACAUCAUAAAGCAGAGGGAGAUCCAAACUGAUAUGGUGAUGUUCUACUUGAACGAGUUAGGACACAAUCCAAUCAAUUUCUUCUUCAUGGUGGAGCAAGACAUUGUGGUGAAGAACCUAAAACCGGCCAUAGUGAAAGUCUAUGAUUAUUAUGAGACAGCGGAACAUUCCGUUACAGAAUACAACUCCCCCUGCAGCUCUGGUAAGAACAUGAUACAGAUCUGAUGUUCAUACAUAUCCCCCAAC